AGAGGCGUUCCUAAAAUGACGGUAUCACGCAUGGACGAAAUAUUUGCGUCCUUUUUUAGCAAGCAUAUUCAGGAAGAGAUUCAGAAUAGCCUAUCCAUGAGUGUGCUACUGGUAGAGGCGUUCUACGGUGGCUCCCACAAACAGCUGAUAGACCUGCUUAGAGAGAAUGUGGACGACUGCGUGUCCUACACACUGCCGGCUAAGAAAUGGCACUGGAGGGCCAGGACAGCAGCCCUGUACUUCAUGCAGGCUAUCCCGGCUAGCCCCUCAUACAGGGUCCUGUUUGCCAGUUCUGUGCUGAACCUGUCUGAACUGGUGGCCCUGCGUCCUGACCUGGCCACACUGAAGAAGGUGCUCUACUUCCACGAGAACCAGCUGGUCUAUCCAGUCCGCAAGAGCCAGGACAGAGACUUCCAGUACGGAUACAACCAGGUUCUCUCAUGCUUGGUGGCAGAUGUGGUGGCGUUCAACUCUUCUUUCAACAUGGAGUCUUUCCUGUCCUCCAUUUCGUCCUUCAUGAAGAUGAUCCCCGACCACAGGCCCAAAGACCUGGACAAGCUCAUACGCCCAAAGUGUCGGGUCCUCCACUUCCCCAUCCAAUUCCCCCAUGUCACAAGCAGACCUGAAGUACUACUCAGUCCAGUAGAAGAGGAAAAGGAGGGACUUCUGAGUCUCAGCUCCCCUCCGGCUCCCAAAGCGCUCUGCUUGAGCCCAGAGCCAGAGGCUGCCAUCCUGGAUCAGAGGGAGGGCACCGGGCAGGCCGAGGCUCCUUCUCACCCCAGGGAAGAGCGAAGGCCUGGGGGAGGGAAGGAAGAGGGGGAUGGAGGAGGAGAAGAGAGCCACGUCAGACCUCUUCAUAUCAUUUGGCCUCAUAGGUGGGAACACGACAAAGACCCCGAGCUCUUCUUCAAGAUGCUGCUGAAGCUGAAAGAGAGAGGCCUGGGCUUUCAACUGUCUGUCCUGGGGGAGACCUUCACUGACGUACCAGACAUCUUUGCAGAAGCCAGAGUGGCCCUGAAUGACCAUGUCCUCCACUGGGGGUUCAUGCCCAGUAAAGAGGACUACCUCCAUGUCCUCUGCCAGGCAGACGUGGUGGUCUCCACAGCCAAGCAUGAGUUUUUUGGAGUGGCCAUGCUAGAAGCUGUUCAUUGUGGCUGCUAUCCACUCUGCCCCAAGGCGUUGGUGUAUCCUGAAAUAUUCCCAGAGGAGUAUCUGUACUCUACACCUGAGCAGCUUUAUAAGAAACUACAGGGACUGUGCAGAAGGCCAUACGUGGUGAGGAGACAUCACAUUAAGGUUGACACCAGUUCCUAUUCCUGGGCUGCGCUGAAGGAGGACUUCAGGAGUCUGCUGGCAUACAAAGAGGACCACCAUCCCUGACGGACAGACUACAACCGGGCCAAUGCGAGUCCGCGGAUCUGCUCAGAAGUGGGCACACUUAGUUCACUCGAUUAGUGGCAGAAUGAGAUGGAUUUAAAGGUUGAUGGAAAGUCUGCAGUGUAGCGAGGGAGGGAGAGUCUCAAGGGCUGUCGUCAUAGCUGCCUGACAUGGAGCCACGGGCAACAAACCUGUGGUGGCCUCAGACAGCCUGUCCCCACCACCUCUCUCUCUCCACUCAGCUCCACUCUGCUCAAAUCAAAGCCAUGCCUUUGAGACAUUGUGCCUGUUGUAAACGUCCCCAUCUUCACGUGCGAGAGGGAGAGGUCUUUUAUGUCUACUGUGGUUUGAAUUUGAAAUAAAGAGAAAAGAACGUGUAAACUCUUUCAAAGGUUUCUCAAAGGCGGUGCCACCUCAUA